AUGCGACGGUGUGCGGAAUGGCGACCACCCGAGUGCGACGGUGUGCGGGGUGGUGACUUGCCGCGCGCCACGGUGUGCGGAACGGCUCACUCCUAUCAUCCCCUCUCUGUCCUAUCAUCCCUCUCUCUCUUAGAUCCCCUCCCUGUGUACUCUCCCUAUCCCCUCACACCGCCCUGUCCAUUCCCAUCACUCCGCCCUGUCCUUUCCCCUCACCCCGCCCUUUUCCCCCCUUGUCUCUUCUCAGUUCCCCCCCUUGCCUCUUCUCAGUUUCCCCCCUUGCCUCUUCUCAGUUUCCCCCCUUGCCUCUUCUCAGUUUCCCCCCUUGCCUCUUCUCAGUUUCCCCCCUUGCCUCUUCUCAGUUUCCCCCCUUGUCUCUUCUCAGUUCCCCCCCUUGCCUCUUCUCAGUUUCCCCCCUUGCCUCUUCCCACUUUCCCCCCUUGCCUCUUCUCAGUUUCCCCCCUUGCCUCUUCCCACUUUCCCCCCUUGCCUCUUCUCAGUUUCCCCCCUUGCCUCUUCUCAGUUUCCGCCCUUACCUCUUCCCACUUUCCCCCCUUGCCUCUUCUCAGUUUCCCCCCUUGCCUCUUCUCAGUUUCCGCCCUUGCCUCUUCUCGGUUUCUUCCCUUGCCUCCCCUCAGUUUCCGCCCUUGCCUCACCUCACCCCACUUUGUGGCGCCUAUUGAGCUCUGCCCCAUUGAGCGAGGGAGUGUCAGCAGCAGGGUGCAGAAUUCAGUGGUGCAAGGACAGCAUGCUGCAGCACAAGCUAGUCUAGGGGCGUCUCGAAAACCCCAGCCUUCCCCCUCACUGCCCUCCCCGCCCUUCCCCCUCACUGCCCUCUCCGCCCUUUCCCCUCGUCUCCAUGCCCGUUCCCCUCCAUGUCCCCCUUCGCCAUCCCCCACGAAGAAAUGGGUUCGAACCGCAGCAAGCGGAGUGGUCUCCUCAAAGUUCUUAACUAACAGCUAG